CCCCCGACCGCUGGCGUAUGUGAACGACCCCCUCUGCCCCACUGCUAUCAGUCACCACCCAAAACACAGGCCCGGAGCGUCGAGGCGAAUUAAUGCCAAAAUGGACAGCAAAGGAAGGAAAAUCAUAGUUUGCGACAAUGGCACAGGGUUCGUCAAAGUGGGAUAUGCCGGCUGCAACUUCCCCGCACACAUCUUCCCCUCCAUGGUGGGGCGCCCCAUCAUCCGAGCCACGAACAAAAUUGGGGACAUCGAAGUCAAGGACCUCAUGGUGGGCGAUGAAGCCAGCAAGCUCCGAUCCAUGCUGGAGGUGACGUACCCCAUGGAGAACGGCAUCGUCAAGAACUGGGAAGACAUGUGCCACGUCUGGGAUUACACCUUUGGCCCGGAGAAGAUGGGCAUCAACCCCAGGGACUGCAAGAUCAUGCUGACGGAACCCCCGAUGAACCCCACCAAGAACCGUGAGAGGAUGCUGGAGGUAAUGUUUGAAACGUACGGGUUUGCUGGAGCUUUCGUGGCCAUCCAGGCUGUGCUGACCCUAUAUGCACAAGGUCUUCAGUCAGGUGUCGUGGUGGACUCAGGCGAUGGCGUCACCCACAUCUGUCCUGUGUAUGAAGGAUUCACACUCCCACAAAUCAGGCGGUUAGAUAUUGCCGGUCGUGACAUCACAGUUUACAUGAUCAAGUUGCUGUUGCUGAGAGGGUAUGCGUUCAACCACUCGGCCGACUUCGAGACGGUGAGAAUGAUGAAGGAGAAGCUGUGUUAUGUCGGCUACAACAUUGAACAGGAACAGAAACUGGCAACGGAAACUACCGUCUUAGUGGAGAAUUACCAGCUGCCAGAUGGUCGUAUCAUUAAGGUUGGUGGUGAGAGGUUUGAAGCACCAGAGGCGUUGUUCCAACCUCACCUCAUCAACGUGGAAGGCCAAGGUAUUGCGGAACUGCUCUUCGACACCAUACAGCGCUGCGACAUUGACAUCCGACCCGAGCUCUACAAGCACAUCGUUUUGUCUGGAGGGUCUACCAUGUAUCCCGGCCUACCGUCGCGCCUGGAGAGGGAGUUAAAGCAGCUUUACCUGGAGAGAGUCUUAAAGGGUGAUGUGGAGAGACUGUCCAAGCUAAAGAUCCGCAUUGAGGACCCCCCAAGGAGGAAGGACAUGGUCUUCAUCGGAGGGGCUGUCCUCGCCGACGUUAUGAAGGACAGAGACAACUUCUGGAUCUCAAGAGAGGAAUAUCAGGAGAAGGGUGUCCAAGCUGCAUUAGAGAAACUCAUGCCUGGCGGAGCUUCAUAAGAGCAGCCGGGUUAGAGGAAGAGAUCGAUCAGUAGUUGUUGCUGAUAUUGUGGUUAUCUUGAUGUCUCCAUGACACUGUUGAAUUUACUUGAUGUCUAAGGCUCAGGCUGGGGUUUUUAUCUUAGGUGGCCAAUGGAAGCAUAAGAAAAUGUCAGUUAUAUUUUAUAUGGUUGUCUUAACGGUCUAUGUAUUUUCAGCCAAUGCCUUAGUAGCGAGGAUGGAUGUGGAAAGCUUCAUUUUUUAAAAUAUGGAAACAAAUACUGUUGCUCUAGCGGGUUUCAACUGUUGUUAUGAAAUGCCAAGUAUUGUUUAAAGAUAUUGCUGUCAUUUCCCUCAAGUUACAGCUCUUCCAUCAGUAUGGGUAUUGCAGUUGAAAUAUUUGCUGCCUAUUGUUUAAAUAUAAAGUUGUUUUAUCUUGCCAUAGAAAAGAUCCUACCGCAGCAUUUUUUUUUCUCUCUCCCUCAUUAUUACUUAGAUAGCAAAUUCUUCUAUUAAUCCGUAGUUUCAUUUUAUCCAUCCUGACACUAAGGCUCAGGCCAGGACUAUGUGUAUUGCCCCUGCGGAUGCCUACCCAACGAGUCCCCAACAUUUCCCUGAUUGUUUGCGACCGUGUUCCAGAACGGGCACCGUAGACAGCCUAUUGAUUUCCGGGAUGCCAUUUAUAAUGGUGAUUCUUGUUGAUGCCCAUGUGAUUAGCGAUUUAGUCAUAAGUUAUUCGUAAUCCCCCAGAAGAAGGAGGGAGUUUUGCCAUACAAAGUCAUAGCACCAACAAAGCACAAGUCGUGAGAGUGAACUUUGGAGAAGGACGUGUAGUGAGCGGUGUUUAAGAUGAUAAAAAGUCUCGCGUCUUCAUUUACUCCAGUAUUGACUCCCUUUCCGUAUGAGAAAAGAAUCAUAAUCGUAAAUAAAAAUGGAACGUAUUUGGAAUUCCGAUGGAUGGUGCUCAUGGAAGGAGAAUGCCAAUGUGCGUUUUAGGGAGAGGGGCUUUGGAUCGAGAUGCAAGAAGAGUUUGUUCAAAACAUUUGUGCAUUUGUUAUGUCAGUGAUGAAUCCAGUGAGGAAAAUUACCCCAAAUGUUUCUCCAGUUCCUAGCAAGGUACCCGGGUGAAUUUGAAUGGAUCAGAAUGUUGAUUUUCUUGUGUUUGAAAUUCAAGAGUUAUUAUGUUGCUUUUUUCAGCAGGUCAAAUUUGGUUUAUUAGUGUAUGGUUUAUUCAGCUUUAGCACUUUUUUUUCUUUUCUUUUCUUUUCUUCAUUUCUUUGGUUCUUUCCACAGUGUGUAUUUUUUAGUGUAUGAUUGUGAAUAUGUACACACACACACCCACACACACACACACACACACAUACAUACAUACAUACAAAUUCACAUUCACAUAAACAUACAAAUACAUAUACAUACACACACAUAAUCCUGCACAAAUUAAAACACAAGCAAACACACACACCCACAUCAUAAACAGAAAAUACAUGUCACAUAACUAAAGAAAAAAGUAAUCUGUUAAUAUUUUUAUAAAUAAAAAGUUAUACUUCACAUAGUGCAGACAUUGAUCCCUCUGAAGGUUAAAGUAGAAAGUUAUAGUAUUAAAUGAUAUUAUGUGUACAGUACGCCAGAUUAAGAUUAUCAUUAAAAGUAACUGCAGUUGUGCAUUGUACUGACAACUAACCACAUGCAGUAUUUGCUUACGUACUACUUAAAUAGGUAAACAGUUAGCCAGGAAAAAGAACUCUCGAGAACAGAGUAUAAUUUAUAGUGCAAUAAGGAAGUCAGACAUUGCAAGGUAAAAAAAAAAGCCGUUGCAGUUGGGUGAUCCAGUAAAAAUAUUCCUUCCAUGCCUUCCGGCUUGGUUGCAAAUGUAGGCCGAUCACCACGAUAACUGUUACGAUGAUGCGCUGUGCAUUGUAACCCUUGUUUUCUAAACAUUGACUUGGCAGAGGUUCCUUAAUUUUACUGGAUGUGUGUAUGUCUGUGUAAAGUCCCAGGAGAGGGAGAGGUAUCGCCUCUGCGCUCAAAGUCUGUUGUUCCAGAACAUAACCUUAAAUGCAUAUCAUGAACAUAUUGCAUCUAUAUUUUGGUAAUUCAUUGAUUGUUUGUUCAUGUUUAAGGCAUUUAGGGUUAAACCAUUAAAAAAAUCUGUCGGGUGAAUAAACAAACAAACAAAAAAGAAAAAUACACAAACAUAUUGCCUAUUUAAAAGAGCAUUUGAGAGAAAAGGUAAUGUUAGUACUUUUGUAUUUAUUUGUUUAUCAGUGUGUAAGUAUAUGUAUUUGCAUAUAUAUAUAUAUAUAUAUAUAUAUAUAUAUAUAUAUAUAUAUAUAUAUAUAUAUAUAUAUAUAUAUAUAUAUAUAUAUAUAUAUAUAUAAUGUAUGAAUAAAUACAUUUUUCUUCCCCAUAUAAGUUGGAGUAAUUGAUUUUUUAUGCCAGAAAAAUUGUUUGAGAAUCACAACAGCUCAAAGUUUUUCAUUUCCUUCUUUAUUCAGAGGUAGAUUAUCAGAUGUCCAUUGUUAUCAGUUUGUAUUGUGUGUAAAGAUAAACAGUGGAUGUUGCAUUCCAAUUUUCGUGCAGUAUUUAUGAUACUUUCAUAUACACGAGUGAUUAUUUUUAGGCGAUGUGUUAAAAGGCUUGGUAAUAUACAGCUUCGAAAAUAAUCUACUUCCUGUUGUGUAAUAAAUUAUAAGGUUUGAUUGUUAACUGAACUUGUAUGUGAUUAAUAAAUGAAAGUAAUCCAAA